CGGCUUGUGCGAUGCGAUCAGGACGUCGUUAGAAUAAUCUCUCCUCAUCUUUCUACUCAAAAUAUUGUUUCAAGUCAACCUUUAGUGAACCAAUCAACAGACAGCCCCGUCGUCAUAAUGUCAACUACGCUCAAAUCCAUCAAGUCCCUCGCACCACUUCUUGAUCGUGUUCUAGUUCAGCGAGUCAAGAUGGAGGCUAAAACAGCGAGUGGAAUUUUUCUACCUGAAAGCAGCCGAAAAGAACUUAAUGAAGCGCGAGUCCUCGCUGUUGGACCUGGCGGUUUAGAUAAGGACGGAAAAAGAGUGGCGUGUGGCGUGAAGGUCGGAGACAAGGUUUUAAUCCCCCAGUAUGGAGGAUCGCCAAUCAAAGUAGGAGACGAAGAAUUUUCUCUGUUCAAAGACCAUGAUAUUCUAGCCAAGAUCAACGAGUAG